AGCGCGUGGAUAGAACCUGUUCAAAGCUCCGAAGAACAAAAAAAGGGUCCGAAUAACCAGCCAGUCCGAUGGCCGGGUUCUCGUCACGUGGCCGUUGUCAGUGAAUUUGGUUGGUUCUAAAUCAUAUUCCAUGCCACCGCUUUCAUAGUAACAUUAGCGUUCAGAGGCUGAACGGUGUCGUGAAACGGAUUUUAAAUCUUAGUUUUUGUUUAAAAAUCUGUGGAAAUGUUCAACAAUGAUCUCAGGGACUUUGACGAAGAUCCGUUCUUCUCGGAUCCUUUUCGGGCUCACAGGGAACAUAUGCGGCAGAUGAUGCGAAGCUUCUCUGAACCAUACGGCGGGCCCGUGAUGCCCAGUAUAAUGGAUAGGAGAAACCGUGGUCGUGACAUGGCAGAACAUCCAAGCUCAUCCCUGGCGCUGAGGGACGAACACAGGGAUUUGAUGAGGAACCCUUUCGGCAUGUUCGACAACAUGAUGUCCAACAUGAAAGACAGAAUGGAGGAGAUGCACAAAAACUUUGAGAACAUUCCCACGGAUCCAAACACCCACUCAUUCAGAUCCUCAUCAGUCAUGACAUAUUCAAAGGUCGGAAAUGAGCCUCCCAAGGUCUUCCAGGCGAGCUCAUUGACACGCCAGGCCCCUGGGGGGAUCAAGGAGACUCAGCAAGCAGUUAGAGACUCUGAGAGUGGUCUGGAGAAGAUGUCUAUUGGUCACCACAUCCAGGACAGGGGACAUGUUGUUGAGAAGAAAUACAACAAGAAAACAGGAGAGAAGGAGUUCAUCCAGGACUUUCAGAAUUUGGAUGAAUCUGAAGCACAGUCUUUUGACGAUGAGUGGCAGCACAAGGUGUCUAAGUUUCUGCCAUCUGGCCCAAUGUCUCGUCUGGAGGAACCCCGGCCCCGUGGUGUUCGCCGGGCAGCGCUGACCGGUUCUAAGCAGGAACACAGUGACCAAUCAAAGGGCAAGGUGGAGGGCAUAAGCAACGUGAAAGGCUCGAAAAAGCAGUGAAAACAUCUGUUUGUGUGCUUAUUAAAGUCUUUGAAGCAUCAUGCAGUACACUCUGGCGCUCUGUAUCAUUUUGAAAUAUUUAAGAAACUAUUCUUUUUACAUUUCUGCUGCUAAUGCUUUAAUGUUAAAAAAAAACAUAUGAUGUUUCUCAUACUGCCCAUUGCUGCAGUGAAACGCUCUGGCUGAGCUCUUAGCCGUCUGCUCUGAUUGGUCAACCAAGUUCAAAGAAGCUACUGGGCUGGCUGUGCUUGCUCAGACAACACCAUUGGGCUGCACAUAGGAAAAACUGGGCUGGCAUUCCCAAUCAUCCCUAAUUGAGGAAUUUUAAACAGGAAUGUGGACGAGGCGUUUCAGGCAGUUGAGAAAAAGUACAGUCUGUGGGAGAGAAAGCUCCAUUUGGAGUGAAAUGUGUUUUUCUUGUACUUUAUACAUCAAUUAGAUACACAAACAACUAUAUAAUACACUAAAAAACAGGAAAAAUCUAAAAAAAAAGUUAUAGGGACAUUAUAGGGGCUCUUUAAUAUUUUGAGUCUUGGCACAGCUCACACUUGAGUUUGAAAACAAAAAGAUGGCAAGACAUAGAUUAUAUAACAAAGUCAGGAAUAUGAAGUGUGUUGGCUGUGUAGUCCAAGCAAAACAUGCAACAUUACAAUGAAUAACAAAGGGGUCUUUAAUAUUUCACAACAACAAAUUAAAUAGGUUAUUAGUAUUUCUAUGGAGGUAGCAAUAUUGAAACAGACUUGAAUGAACUCAUACAAUGUAAGAAAUAUAAUAACAUUAUAUGUAAUUAAGGGUGGUAGGCACUACUGAUAUUAUUAGACAUUAACAGUUAAAGAGCAAUUACUGUAUAUGAUUUGGCUUUAAUAG